CCAAUACUCGAAAGUACCACGAACGUCUCAAAGCCGAACCAGUAUGACAUAGUUUCCGAAUGGAUAGGAACUGGUUUAUUAACGAGCACCAAUGAAAAAUGGCAUCGUCGAAGGAAAAUGCUCACACCAACGUUCCACUUCAGUAUUUUACAAGGUUACUAUAACGUGUUCGUACAGCAGGGAGAGAUCCUCGUCGAUCUACUCGCUAAAGAAGAGGGAUUUUUCGAUAUGUUUCCGUACAUAAAACGCUGUGCACUGGAUAUAAUCUGUGAGACUGCCAUGGGCACCUCAGUCAACAGCCAGACUGGUGGGAACAAUGACUACGUGAAAGCUGUGCAACAAUUAAGCUCUAUCAUUUGGAGCUAUCAAAGGUAUGCUACUGAACAGAGCCAUAUAGACCUAAUUGAUGCAAAAGACUCCCGUGAAGGCUGCUGGAAAUAG